GGUACGAACUUUUGGUCAAAAAUCAUGAUUUUGCGGAAGAUUCGCUGAACGAUAGGAACUAUGUAGAGAGCUGAGAUUUUUACUAGACUAAGUACUCAAUGAGAUGUCUCCGUCGCCAAAAUAUCAACUCUCUAACAUUAUCCCUUUAUGAGAUACGUAUAUGCACAAAACAUCGAAAAAUGACCAUUUUGUGUGUACCUCGUAGUAUUGGUCAACUUAUUAGUAGUUCAUCCAUUUGAGUUCAUUCUUUUUGCUGUAAUGCACAAACAUGACAUCAAGUCACAGUAAAAUUUUCAAGUCAAAUGCAUGUAUGCUUGAUGAGAUAUAGAUGUCACGGAAAAACACAAAAAAACGCUUUUUUUUUUUUGACAAUAGCGCCCUCAAAAGAAAUUAAAUAUCUCGAGAACUGAACAGUAUUUUUUCAAACGUCUUGUGUCAAAGUUCUUAAAACUGUUUGAUCUACAACAUACCCUAAAUUGAACAAAAAUUGCUGACCUUGAUUGAAGAAUGGCUUCUAUGAGAGUCGGUCGUGGUUUACACGGACUGACUGAUGCAAUAGAAAAAUAAAAAUUGAUGCUUAUAUUCCGUUGAUUUCGAGUUGGACUGAAAUUCCGAAUAUAGGGUCUGAUAGAGCAAAGUCUGCUCUACAAAUCUCACUAUACCACUAACCCGAGGAAUCUAGCCAUUUUUAGUUUCUAAGGACUAAGUAUGAGCACUAUCAUUUUUGUCAUAGACUAUAAUAUUACUUGAAAACAAAUUUUAUUAGAGAAACGAAAAGUAACAAUUCAUAUGUGGGAGGAUGCAGCAGAGUUUGGGGAACAAGAAUAUAUAAUUGGAAUUAAUUUCUGUCCAUGCAAUGUUGAAAAAGUCAAGACCACAAAAUUUGAUAAUUUUUACAAUUUUUCGAUUUUCCAGCUAAACUUGUGACUCAUAUAUCUCUCUAAAGGAACAUUCAUCUAAGCUGAUGUUUUUGCCAUAGCCAUAACUCAUUGAGUUCUACAAGAUAAGUGCACAUUGGAUCAAUUUAAAGAUAGUUGUGUUUUUUCUGGGAGAAAUCCCAUGGAAUAGGCCAUAUACGUGGGUCGUUCAAAAAGUAUCCGGACUGGUUUUAUUAUAAAACAAUAAGAAGCGCUGGUGUAUUAGUAUUCUUAAGUAUGUGUAGUUCAUACAGUCCUCUAUAUAUAGACAUCAUAAGGUCUGCUGAAUGAAACAUAUAUAUGAGAAUAUAGAAACAUAUUUUAGACCACUCUCUAGACACUGACAGAAAAUUAUAAAAAUUGAACAUCGUCCAAUAAUAAAAUUUCCUGUUCUAUGAAACCAUUCGUCAUCUAAUAUGUACCAACAGUCGGUAGCAGUGUAUGUUGAUCAAUUGUUCAUUGGGCACUACAGCUUUUGAAUGAGAUCGUGUUUUUGAAGAUGAAUUAUCAUAAAUCGAUAACAAUCCGGAUGUGAAUAACAUAAAUAUCAAAAUUUUUCGAAGCCUGACGAUCGAAGGCGGUUGAAUCGCGAUUGGGUAGAUAGCAGACACACUUCGCAUUUCAAAUGUACGGUGAAAAUAUUUCGCGUGAUCAAUUACAUAUGACUAAAGUCAGUCCACAAGAAGGCCAUACUCUCUAAAACGAUAUCAAUGAUGUGUCGACCAUUUCGGGAGUAAUAAUUAAUAGUUAGUUAUUCGCGUUUACAACGACGAGUUCAUUCAAAUAUCUUAGUAUAUGAUAGAGUAUCAUUACUGUAAACUGCCACCAUAUAUUCAUAAAUUUUGAAUCAUAGCUGGUCUUUCAAAACUUAUAACUUUGCUCAAGUUUUAAAUUUUUGUCAGUGUCUAGAGAGUGGUCUAAAAUAUGUUUCUAUAUUUUCAUAUAUAUGUUUCAAUCAGCAGAGCUUAUGAUGUCUAUAGAUAGAGGAGUGUAUGAACUACACAUACUUAAGAAUACUAAUACACCAGCGCUUCUUAUUGUUUUAUAAUAAAACCAGUCCGGAUACUUUUUGAACGCCCUACGUAUAUUUACUUUAUAAUAAUCAACUUUACACUUAAUUAUUUUAAACAAAUUCUAUAAUUUAUAAAUAUUUUCUUUUUCUUUAUAUACUAAUCUUAACUUGAAUUUGGCAAAAAGAAAAUAAAAUAGAUCAUUUAUUGAAUUCAACUGAAUCGUACUUUGUAUAUACGUCAAAAGGGAGUUAAGUAAAAACAUCAAUGAUAGAUCAAGUGCAUUUUUAUUGAGACAAAUUUUUUGUAACUAUUUAUGUCAUAUCUAGUAAUAUGAUAUGGAUGAUUACAGCGUAAAACAUAUUACAAAUACUUGCAUUUUUCCAGUUUUACCUGUUUGAUUGUAUUUAGUACUUUAAACUAUUACUGAUUUUUUUUAUCACAACACGACAUUUAAUCAAGCGUAUAAUUGUUUUCAAAAUAGAUUUUAAUUAAUUACACAUUUGUUUGCUAAGUGGAUUUUCUUCUAAUGAAUGGAGUUAUUAAUUUUUGUUCGUAAUUUCAAUAAAGAUAUGUAGACUGCUUAAAUAAGAAUCUCAUUUAAAAAACUAUCAUAUCCUGUAAAAUAAGAUUAGCUCAAAUUCUUCAUUGGGAAAACAAAUUUAGUUUUUUUUGCAAAUCAUGCUAUAAAUAUUUAUGAGAGAUGUUACUACUGUUGCUUUAUUUAUUACACGUUUUGGCAUAAUGUGAAACAUUAAAUAAAUAGAAUAUUUUGUAAUUGAAUCAUAAUUUUGAUAUUUUUUACAACAAUUAGGAUUAGUACAUAAUCUGAUAUUGUAAAAUGUGGAGAGAAAUAUGAAUCAAUGUUGAAUGUACUUGAUGGCCCGACAUCUAGAUUUCAUGAAAACAUUAGAAAAAAAAUUACAAUAGAAAUGUAUUAAGUCAAUAUAUAUGAACAAGAGUGUCCCAGUUCAGACCUAGACCCGAUGGGAGUUCGACCAAAAAUGACUAGUUCUACUUAUGAAUAAUUAAAUCAGAAAGUAUAUUCACCGAUGCAUUAUUAUAGAUAUAUAUGUUUCAUUUUUAGAAAAGAUAAGUUUCACCUAAAGAAUGACGUUUUAACAGGAGUAUCGCAGAUUUUUCUUGAGAACAGUGCAAACGCGAGAUGACACUAUAACCAAUUUCCUCGUUCUAGUUUUUAUCUGAAGAAUAUAAUACUAUAAAUUAUCUAGACCAAUCUUUUAUUUCAUAUAGUGUUCUUAAUGAAACAGCGUACCCAGCAAAGCAAAGUGUACCGUACCGUAAUGAAAUAGAAUUUACACACUGUUUUACACGCUGAAGAAAAAAAAUAGCGUGUACAGUGUACACACGGAAUUUACAAGAAUCUUAUUCGUUUAUGUUAGGCAAUCAAAAAAGUUUAUUCUUCAACGGUGCUUGUGUUGCAAAUUUACAAGCAGAAAUACUAAAUAAAAGCAACGUCUUGCUCGUUGAUGUUAAACUUUUUUGUUCUCAAACUGACGUUAAGAAUUUUCAAACUCAGUUGGAUUUGACAUAUUCUGAAAGAGAAAAGUGUGCUCUAUAAAACUAUCACAUUUUUCCAAUUUUUAAGUUUUGUUUUUGUUAUGAAUAAAAAAAAGAAUUAUCCAUGGCUUAAAAAAAUAAAAUUCGUCUGAAGUGCCAUUAUGAGAUGAUCUUGUCGAAACUCUAAGACAACUGUUUUAUUCAGUUUCUUGAGCUGUUUCUAGUUAUGUAUUUGUAAAGGAGCUUGAACGGUUUAUGAAUUAUAAAAAAUUAAAGUUUGUCAAAUUUUACGACCUCUAUCAAUAAUAUUCAAAGUACAUAGUCAAAAAUAACAAGAUCAAACGAAAAUGUUUUACCAAAAUGUAGAGCGUAAAAUUCUGCGUCGAUUUAUACAAUCUUCAAUUCCCUAAACGAAAAUAUCUCGACCAGAAAAAGUAACACAAGAAAAAAAGUUUAAAACUUUUGCCUGCUGGAGCAAAAUAUAAAUCAUAUUAAAAAAACCAGGUCUUGACCAGCAAUGCUCUUUUUAUACGGGCCUUGUAGCCCGUGUUGUGAUGUAUACAAAUCACGCUUCAAAUCAUUUUCAAAGCUUCUUACAAAGUCAAAAAGAAAUAUAGACAAAAAGGUUUAAACUAUUGUCGCCUGCUUUAUUAUAUUAAUUUGUUUUCGAAUUGAAAAUUAAUAUGUCAACUAUGUCUGUGAACGUACUAUUGCGAUUUAUUUCUUUUUGUUUUUGUUUGUUUAACUAUUUAUCUGUCAGUAUGGAUGCAUCAUAGACGUUGAUGAAAGUGUCAGUUAAUAUAUUUUAUGUGAUCAGAGUUCUUAUUUUAUUUCUUGUGAUUUGAAACAUUUUAUUUUUGUUUAUUAUGUAUCUAUGUAUACUCAUUAAAAUGAAGAAUGAAAUAAGUUUCCUUUUAACAGAUGUUGUUUUAUGUGGUUCGAUACCAGAUUUACGUUUCUUGUACACUUUGGUUUAAGAAACAGCAUGUACGAAUACGUCGUGUUCUGAAAAUCACAAUGUACCUGUACAUUCUAUUUCAGAUUCCUGUUAAAAACACUGAUUUCAUAUACUGUCAAAAAACAAGCUUUUUAAUAUGAGUUUCAUCUUCAGUAAAUUAAUGAACUUUCAGUAUUCAGUUCGACAUUGAUUUAAUCAUUGAUAUAUAUGCGAUCAUAGAUACACUGACUGCUAGAUGUUUUUCUUGUGAAGCGAAGACAUCUGCAUACAUGAAUAUAUCCAAUGGUAAAAAAGAGUUUCAGCCUCUUCUCUUGUCGCUACAGUCAAUAUCAUACAAUCGAUCUUUCUGUAAAUCCAUUUCUACAUGACUCAUCAUUCAGUUUUUCGUCGUCGUUAUUAUAUGUAACUGAUAUCAAUUAUUUUGUCGAUAUAUUCUCAUAGAUAGAUCUAAUCAUAAAAAAUGAAUCUCAAAUAUUUACAUUGUAUUACAUUUAUUUUUAUUUUUUCGAAUGUUUAUUUUACAAAAGGUACAUUUUUUAAUACCAAUAUUUUUUUUUGUUUUAUGCAAAUCUUUGACUGAUCUUUUCUAGGAGAAAAUGUAACAGCUACAAGUGGUAUAUCCACAUUAACAGCUAUAACAACAACGACAAAUGCAUCAACUUUAGUAUCAUGUCCGGAUGGUUAUCAACAAACAUCAUCGGGUUUAGAAUGUCAACCAAGUUCUGAACGUCAAGAUAAUAAAACUGUAAUCAUAAAAAAUCAAGAAAAAUCAUCAGGAGGUACAGCUCGUCGUUUGUUUUUUCUUUUUCUUGGUUGUCUAUUAACAAUAUUCGUAAUAUUUGCUCUAAUUAUGACUUAUAAUCAUAUAACUGAACAAAAUCAUCGUCAUUCAUCAACAAAUUCAACAAUAAAUCCAACUGUUGGUAAUAGAUUUCAUAAUAUAUUACAAUCAAUCAGUUUAAAUAAUCUUCGUAAACAUGGAAGAUUUAAUUUUUUUUCUAUUUCAAAUAAUAAUUAUUCAUCUGGACAUAAUCGACAAGGAGAAACAUCACGUACACAUUUAAAUGAAAAUCAAGAUGAAGCUUUAUUAUUUGAUGAUCCAUAUGCUGAUGGAGGAAUUUCAAGUGGAAUUCAUGGAUCAUCUGCUAAUCCAUAUAAAUCAUUAACACUUUCAGUUACUUAA